CAUCCGCCUCGCACCAACUUUCUCAGCAACACUAUGUCCACACACAAACCUCUCAACUCAACACUUGACUCACUAGUCGCAGACCUACUGGAAUUGUCUUCGAGCUUAAGUGCACUACGUUCGGUUCGCGAUGAAACCCUUCAAACGAAGCGACAGACGCGUUCCCAGCCCCCCGAGAAAGUUGCUGAGCAAUGCAAGACUCCGGCGACUGAACUCCUCGCGACAGUCUUGGGUGGCAUGGAUCUUUUAAGUCGCCGGUUGCAUACAAUAACAUUGCAGGCAAAGGAGGCUCAGGCUCAGGCCCAAAAUCUCAUGGUUCCCAACAAUAAACAAGUCAUAGACAAUAUACCGAAUCACCCACAGAUGGACAGCCGAUCUGAGACGUCAUGCGAGCGGCAUAUUGAUAUACAACUCGGAAUCUCUGAGCAAGAGGUCGCGUCAGAAUCUCAGGCAAGCGAGACCUCAUCGUCACAGCCUGCACAGACAUCUGAUGACCAACAGCCUGUCGAGUCAGAGGAUGUGACCAUGACUGGGAGCGAUUUAGCCGCAACCAAUAGUCCGCCUGACUCACCCAAGGACGGAGGCGACGACAUCAACGUCCAUCGCGCAGUCUACAUACCAGCCACUCCGAGCCCAGCCAAGCAAAGCGCAAGAGCCGGCCUAAAUACAAACUCCGAGCGUGGAUCAUUCGCAAGGAGCCACUCGGCUGUGACUGAAUCGUCAAGUGCCUCCACAGCCGCAGACACGUCACCAGCCGGUUCUGUUUCGACUCACAUCACAUGGCCGGAGAGCUCUGGCCGGCCUGCUGACGAAGAUAAAGUCAUGUUGGACGUCGACGACGGAGGCCUCAACAGGAUCACUGACUCUUGCUCACGACAGCAUCCCGUGACCGACAACACAGCCAGCUCUCCUGACACUCAGAGUCCUGCGGUCGACGACCAGGCGCAAAGGAGUCCUACUCCAAGUCCUACGGCAGUCGCCAGGGCUGACCAGUCGCCACUGAGCUGUGCGGCCGAUAAUAGGGCCAACCCUCCACCAACGGUAGACAGCGACAUAAGCACCGAUUCUAGAAAGUCUCAUGCAGAUGACGGUUUAGUUCAAGUGCUUGAAUCAGCCAUGGACAUGCUCUGCGCUGUUGCAGCGAACUCGCCAAUGCAGGGUCAUUCACCAGGGAAUGGAGAUGACCAACACGCCAACGACCAACAAACACAGUCUCCCUCCCCCAGCCCAACCAGUGAAGGAAGCGAUACCGCUAGGGAAGGAGCCGACCGGAAUACCAGAACGAACACACCACCAACGAUACAGUUCACGCCAUCCAAUAGAUCACGCUCAGGUCCUCCGGUGACAACGGUCACUCUCACGCCCGCUGAUAUGGAAAGGCUCGUCCCCAAGCUUGCCGAAAUGGAACGUGAGGGUGACUCACAACACUUCUCUGUUCCACUCAGGAAUGUUGACCUGGCCCACAUGCAAGAGAGGGUCAAGACGACUGAUGAAAAGUGGCAGACUACGAGCACUCGGUAUGAGGCAGGUCCGAAAGGUGAGGGGUACGCAAGGGUCUACGUCUCGAGUAGCCGACCUCCAAUCCAUUGGGAGGGUUUCACUGCCGAAUGUAAGCGGCCAACACCUCCCGAAAUCGAGACAAUAUUUGAAAAGUUCGUCUUAGAUCCUCCCCAAGAGGAUAUCCCGUAUUAUAUCGGUAAUCUCGAUAUUCUUCCUGAUGGGCGUUUGGAUCCUGGGCCUGAGAUCACGGGGAACCCUGACCUCAAGGACCUGCAUGUCGCAUAUCACCACAUUGGUGGUCCCGGUUCCGGAAACCGCACACAUGGGGAAGACAUCAAGAAUUUUCGAUCCUAUAACGAGGUUUACUUCGGAACCGGGUAUAAACUGUGGCUGGCGAUUGAAGAACAUCACAUGGCCAAGUUUGAUGCAUUUGUCAAAGCAAACUGGAAGUGUGGCGAAUGCGACCAGGCUCUUUCACACCAAUCUCUUCUUUUAGCUCCCUCCAGGCUCAAGAAGGAGGGUAUAGAUUAUGUCGUUGCAGCCGUCGGACGUGGGGAAGCCUUCUACACCUUACCGGGACAGCAACAUGUGAUCAUUAAUUUUGGCUAUUGCGCCGCUCAUUCGAUUAACUACGUACCCCCUGGGGAGAAAAUUGACUUUAGCCAGGUCAUUGCGUGUACCGAGGAUGGCAUGUAUGCUAUUGGGAAAAAAUACGGCCAAACCACUGCCUCCCCGCAGGAAUUGGCGCAAGCCAAUAAACGGAAAGCACAUCAGCAACUCUCCAAAAACGCGUCUACAAAGGUGACACGCACCAACACCGCACUCCGGCGAGAGUUAGUCGAGAUCGAGCAAAGGCUAGCAGAGAUACCUUAUCGUCGAAUAGAAGUCGACCGCCAACAUCCCUCGACCGCAGAGUUGAAUGUAUAUGAGCGAGUUGCUGCCGUGCGUAGCACAAUGGCCAUACAACAGUUCAUUACUCUGGUAAAGGACUGGAAGAAUGAAGAGGCAACCGUCCAUAUCAACAAGGCUCAAGACAAGCUGAACCAGUCAGUGGAAUCAGUGAAAUUCUUUGAGCGCAAAACAAAUUUAUCGAAGUUCGGACUCCGUCUCACUCAAAGAAAGCUAGCUCGUGAAGCUGACAUGGCAAAGGGGCCUAUACAAAGGCAGCUUGAAACAGGCCUUCUUGACAAACUUGCAGUUGCCCAUGGCAUGACGAAAAAGCGGCUGAAAGACCAUAUUGAAGACGGCAGACAAUGGAAUUUUAUCUGCAAAUCACACGAUGGAUUGCUCCCCUUUAUCUUCCUGGACUCAAAGAAUCCUUUUGGGAUCAAAAAAGUCCACUGGGCCAAUCUCUGUCAGAAAGGAAACGAGGCGGAUGCGGACGCAUUUCGCAGUCUACUUGAUGAUGAGUAUACGAGGAACCUAUGCGAAGCAGGAAGGAUUUUUGAAGAACGAGUUUUGGAGAAGAUUUUCAAUGGCAGCGUUUCGGAUACUGGUGGGUUUCUAUGGGAGGAGACCGAGCUGGAUGUGGACUUAGAAAACAUCGAUGACUUACUUAAGCAGGUCGCCAGAAGCGAAGGCACGUGAUUAAGGCGAUGGCUUAGUCAGAAAACGCUGCAGCGUUUUCUG